AUGGGGAGAAACGGGAGGAGGCAGCAGCAGCGGCAGCAGCAGCUGCAGCAGCAGCAGCAGCAGCAGCAGCAGCAGGAAGAAGAACAGCAACACAUGCAUGACCAGGAGCAGCAGGAGCAGCAGCAACAGCAGCAGCAGCAGCAGCAGCAAGAACCCCACUCAACCAAAGCGAAGAAACGUCUACGCAUUCAGCAGCAGCAGCAGCAGCAGCAACAGCAGCAGCAGCAGCAGCAGCAGCAUGAGGCUGACGAGCAGCAAGCAGAGCAGCAGCAAAGAAAAAAGAAGAAACACCACAACCACCACCAAAACGACCGCAAGAGCACCCAGCAGCAGCAGCAGCACCACCACCACCACCACCAGCAGCAGCAGCAGCAGCAGCAGCAGCAGCAGCAAAAGCAGCAGCAGCAAGAGGAUCUAUGUACUUGGAACGGCUUUUGUAUACUUUCAGGAUCCAGUUAG